UCGAUGUCCGCUUGCCCCGCCUCGCUUCACGCCGCCGUGCCUCGCGCGCCGCGCCGCGCGCCGCGCGCGCGCGCGCUCCGAUGCCGCGCCGGCCCCGCCGGCGGCGGCGCCGACGGCCGCGCGUCCGUGUGGUCGCUCGAACAGCGCAAGGCGCUGGAAGCGAAGAAGGACGACGAGCUCUCCAAGGCGCCCGAGCCCGCGCGUCCGCCUCCUCCCGCAUCGGUCGACGCCGUCGACGCGAAGAUGUCGCGUCGCCAAGUCGGGCUCUCCGCCUCCGUCGGCCUCUCCGCGCUCCUCGGCGCGGACGUCGUCUUCCCGUCCGACGCGGAAGCGAAGAAGAUCAUCUCGGGAUACACCCCCGCGGACGGCUCGUUCACGUGCACGUUCGCGACGCACACGACCGGCGACGUCGGGUUCGACGCGUGGUACGACACCGCGUUCGCGCCCGCGAUGAAAGAUUUGCACACCGGCGAACUGGGCGGGCCAAAGUUUGGGAAAGCUUUCGCGACCACGUUCGCGCUCGGCGUGUUGCGCGGCAAGGAGAAGGCCGACGAGCGCGUGGGCACGUACUUCGUGCACCCCACGAGCGAGGCCAAGGCGUUCCAGGCGUUCUUCACCGACACCGGGCCGAAGGCGAACCCGUUCUGGCAGACGGGGAGGGACGCGGGGUGGCUCACGGGCGAGAUCACGACGUGGCAGAGCGCGCCGUUCUUGUUCCGCGGCGCGGACCCGAAGACGGGCUUCCCCCCCGACGCGAAGAAAGGCCAAGGCUUGGGCGUGUACGCGUUCGGAAGCAAACUCGACGUCCGCAAAGACUGGAUCCCCGCGUUCACGUCCCCGGACAGCGACAAGCUGCACGACGCGAACGGCGUUAUCGUCUCGGCGGCGGGCGACAUCACGAAAGGGAGCGAUUUCGCGUCCAAGUACAAGGGCGUGCAGGUGUACCACUUUCAUAAAAAUUUCAAGCAGGCGAAGGCGUUCGCCGCGGCGUUCGAGGCGGCGGACGCGCCGCCGUUCGACCAGAUCUCGGAGAUCUUGGACAACCCGAAGUCGUUCGUGUUCGAGGUCGUCAAGGAGGACAACUUCCCGGAGUAUCUCCCGCAGGCGUGAGACGCGGGUCGGCGGGCGACGUAAUACCAGCCGGCCGGCUUCGCGGGGUCUCGUUUCGUUUUCUUCGCAUUUUGUUUUCAUCAGUCUAAGCUACGCAGAGCGCCGCGCGCGACGACGUGUACAACGCUUUAGUCAACGCUUGUAACUACCUACGCUAUGACGUUA